GGGCCAUGCCGGGGCUGCGCCGGGACCGCCUGCUGACCCUGCUGCUGCUGGGCGCGCUGCUCUCGGCCGACCUCUACUUCCACCUCUGGCCUCAAGUGCAGCGCCAGCUGCGAUCCCGAUUUCGCCCGCCUGGCUGCCCGUGCGCCGGCCGCGCCUCUUCCCAGCCCGGGGAUUCGGCCGCAGCCUCCUCGGACCCCGGUGCGGGCGCGCACAACUUUUCCCAAGCCGGGCGCGGGGCUGAGCCGGAGGGCGGCGGCCGCGGCGUCUCCAAGCUGCAGGCCCUCUUCGCCCACCCGCUGUACAACGUCCCGGAGGAGCCUCCUCUCCUGGGUCCGGAAGACGCUCUCUUGGCCAGCCAGGAGGCGCUGCGGUAUUACCGGAGGAAGGUGGCCCGCUGGAACAGGCGACACAAGAUGUACAAAGAGCAGAUGAACCUCACCUCACUGGACCCUCCACUGCAGCUACGACUCGAGGCCAGCUGGGUCCAGUUCCACCUGGGGAUCAACAGCCACGGGCUGUACUCCCCGUCCAGUCCCGCGGUCAGCAAACUCCUGCACGACAUGAGGCACUUCCCCACCAUCAGCGCUGAUUACAGUCAGGAUGAGAAAGCCUUGCUGGGAGCCUGUGACUGCACCCAGAUCGUGAAGCCCAGCGGGGUCCACCUGAAGCUGGUGCUGCGCUUCUCCGACUUCGGGAAGGCCAUGUUCAAGCCCAUGAGACAGCAGCGAGACGAGGAGACGCCCGAGGACUUCUUCUAUUUCAUCGACUUUCAGAGACACAACGCUGAGAUCGCAGCUUUCCAUCUGGACAGGAUCCUGGACUUCCGGCGAGUGCCGCCAACUGUGGGGAGGCUGAUGAAUGUCACCAAGGAGAUCCUAGAGGUCACCAAGAAUGAGAUCCUGCAGAGCGUCUUCUUUGUCUCCCCAGCCAGCAACGUGUGCUUCUUCGCCAAGUGUCCGUACAUGUGCAAGACCGAGUACGCUGUCUGUGGCAACCCGCACCUGCUGGAGGGCUCACUCUCUGCCUUCCUGCCAUCCCUCAACCUGGCCCCCAGGCUGUCUGUGCCCAACCCCUGGAUCCGCUCCUACUCGCUGGAGGGAAAAGAGGAGUGGGAGCUCAACCCCCGCUACUGUGACACAGUGAAGCAGAUCUACCCAUACAACAGCAGCAACCGGCUGCUCAACAUCAUCGACAUGGCCAUCUUCGACUUCCUCAUAGGCAAUAUGGAUCGCCACCAUUACGAGAUGUUCACCAAAUUUGGGGAUGAUGGGUUCCUUAUUCACCUUGACAACGCCAGAGGGUUCGGACGACACUCCCACGACGAGCUGUCCAUCCUGUCGCCUCUCUCGCAGUGCUGCAUGAUAAAAAGGAAAACACUGCAGCACCUGCAGCUGCUUGCCCAAGCCGACUACAGGCUCAGUGACGUGAUGCGGGAGUCACUGCUCGAAGACCAGCUUGCCCCCAUCCUCACAGAACCCCACCUCCUUGCCCUGGAUCGGAGACUCCAAACCAUCCUCAAGACAGUGGAGGCAUGCGUAGAGGCCCAUGGAAAGCAGAACGUCAUAGCCAAUGGCGCGGCAGAACAGUCAGCCCCAGACUCUGGCCAGGCUAAUUUGACAAGCUGAAGUCAAAUUUCAGGAAAUCCACCUGAAGCCAGUGGUGGGCUCCAGAGUACGCGUCCUUUAGGCAGUCCAUCUCUUACUGCGGGGGUGGAGUCAGACUCAGGAAGGAGGUAAGGCACUGUCCCAAACAGCAAGUGGGAGCCACUGAACUUGACCUUGACUCCUUGGUGCACUGCUCCCAUAGUGACUUGCCUUGGCUCCAUCAACCUCAGCAGUUACUAGCUUCGUCAAGGCCACUGUCUCCUGAGCACACUCGGAAAUCUGGAUAUGGGUCAAGCUCGGAGGGUUUGGAAACCUUGUUUCCAGGAAAAGUUUUUAACUGUAACAAAUCAAAUAAAAGGACAUCAAGUGGA